AAGCAAAAGAAGUAAUCUUCACCAUGUUCUCUAAGGUCCUUGUGUGCUGCCUUUUUGCCUACGUGGCUUGUGGAGUUGUCGUCGAGAACGUGCACGUGCCCCAACCGUACAGCUUUGGCUACGACAACGUCGAUGAGUUCGGCACCCGCAUGACCCGUCAGGAGGCUGGUGAUGAAUUCAACAACAAGGUCGGCUCCUACAGCUACGUGGACGCUCACGGUAUCGCCCGCACUGUCAACUACGUAGCGGACGCUCUUGGUUUCCGUGCCACCGUUCAGACCAACGAGCCAGGAACCAAGACCUCCGCCCCAGUCGACGCCCCAACUUACUCCUCCUCUGUAGAGGUUGCCGCUCCAGUUGUGGUGAAGGCUGUUCACCCAACCCCAGUUGUCGUGAAGGCCGUUCACCCAGUCCCAGUCGCUUAUACCCGCAGUGUAGCUCCGCUAGCUUACAACACCGUUGCUCGCGCUCCUCUGGGAUACACGUUUGGCCAUACCACAAUUGCUUAAGCAAGAAAUAAUUGAAUGAAACUGAUAUCCGAAAGAGUGCAUAUACAGAUACUGCCUGGAUUCUUCUAUAUGUUUCACAAUAUCGUUUUAAAAAAGCCCUGCGUAUGUCUCAAUAUCUUUGCUAAAUGCUGCUUUCAGCACACUUUUGGUGAGAGGCCCAACUACUGUGAAUAUCUCGGGUUCGGAUGACACAAAACCGUUGGUUAUGUAUGGUCUAUGUACUUAGUUUUUUGCAGCACUUGUGUCAUGUCGCUAAUUGGGGCACAAACAAUUUAAGCGUGGGUAUGUGUUUCUUCUUAUCGCAUUUCGGUGAAGGAAAUAUUAAAUUAAUGCAGGAAGGCUGUAUAAAUAAGGCCUGAGUGAAUUGCUCAUUAUCUUUUUUAUAAUGUUUAGCUUCUUCGGCCCCUCAUCAUUUGCACCGCACAGUUGCUGAUAAAUUGUUCCGGCCCUAUAUAUAUCCCAGUACACCUCGACCGGACUGAGGUGACCCAAGACUGCUCUUUUCGGAUAUUAUUUGGAGAGUUUUAUGGCUUCUAUUAGGCAGGCGAAAAUAAUUAUCCAAGCCUAUCCGAAAUUUAAACUUGUAAAAAAACAAGAACUAGGUUUUCAUAUCUUAAUUAAUUUUCACAGUUUCUUGUCAAAACGAUAGCGUCAUUCAAUAUAGCUGGUUAUCAGAAGUACGUUCUUAGAAAUACAGCUCCUGAAACAAAAUAUAUGUGUACUUUGAACAACUCUUGCCUGCUUAGGAAGAUGUGGCGAUGUGGAUUUGUAUAGAUGCGCCCUUCUCACUCCUUGCCCUUCACCUCUGACUGCUCUGGCUUUAGCUAUCUUAUGAGCGAGUUAAAGUUUCGCUUUGCUAUUUAUUGCUGUGUUCGUUUAUGUCAUGGCUCCUUAUUGCACACUGUCACGAGUGUGAUAUUUACGCUUGUAUAUUUUUGCCUGCAUUGGUGCUGUCCCACUAAACACCAAUGAAAUAAAUGUGCGGAAUAAACUAUGUUUUGUUGUA